AUGUCGAACGAUUCCGCCUCCGAAGUGUCGGAGCUCAACAAUCUGUCGGAUUUCGAGCUCACGAGCAGCUCUUCUAGUGCCUCCAGCUUUUCCAGCGUCUCAAGUGUUCAUGAAAUGCCGGCAGCAACUCUCAAAAAGUAUUUGGCUGUUAGAGACGCCGUGAGUAUUGAUUUUUAUUCGAAUUUGUUCUUAUCGAACUUUUUCAGACUGUUUCGGAGCUGGAGAGCACCGACGAACUCAACAAUACCAUCAAGAAAAUGGAAGAUUUGUCAGUCGAAGACAAAGAACACGAAAAGCAGAUGAAGGAUCGAGAAAUGGUAAGCUCGCCAAUUGUUUCAAUUGCAAUAGCUAUUGCCAAUGUUCCAGGAGACAUUCGAACUGGAAGCUGAGCUCACCAAACUUCGUGAAAUCAACGCUCGGAUCACUGAAGAGAACGAGAAACUAAGAAAGGCCGUGCAGCAGUACAAAGACGCAGCGAGAAAGGAGAAUGCGGAGGCGGAAACCGACAGAGCUCCGAUCCUCAAGGCGAUCGUCGGGCAGUGGAAGAUGAUCGCUUCGACGAACGUGCCGCAGUACCUCGCGCGCUGCCGAGAGCACAUCGCCGACUGGAGCGACCUCUCCGACGUCAUCUUCCAAAUGGCCCACGUGCACUUCGGAUACAACCGAGCCGGCCAACUGACGCACCACCAGCAGAUGCCCAACAGGAAGUACUCGUGCAGAGUGAUCAAAGUCGGGACCUCGGAGGCGUUCGUCGAGAAUAACGUUCUGAUCGAGGUGUUCUACACGAAGCCCGGUGAGGAGUACGCGCGGCAGACACGCUUUGUGAAGGACGGACUGUUGCACAUUGUGCUCACGCGCUACGGCAUCAAGUGCGAACGGAUCUUCGAGCGGGUUCAAGCCGAGAAGGCCAGAAACGCGGAGAAUUUGAAGAUUCGGAAGGAACGCGACGAGCUUCGUGCGGAGCUGAGGAUGCUCGAACGCGAAAUGGCGAUUAUGAAGUGGAGAGGAGACUACUGA